AUGGACGACGAGAAAAAUGAGAACCAUGAGCAGGAUGAGGAUGCGGAUAAGGAUGAGGAGGAGGAGGAGGAGGUGGUGGUGGUGGUGGAGGAGGAGCAGGUGGAGGAGGAGGAGGAGGAGGAGGAGAAGGAGGAAUUCGGGUAAUUCCGCGGGAUUGAUCCGACGGAGAACACGCUGCGGGUAACCCUGCACCGAACAGGGCCCCACCCCUGGUUCACACCGUCCAGGCGCAUGUUCUCGAGUCCGCAGCCGAAACCCCACAACGCACCGGAUAUCGCGUUCUAUUGACCAUUUCCCGAAGUCGGUGGACAAGCAGCCAGUUUGCCUGCGUGCUUAUGUCGCAGUGUUCGCGUGGGCUUCGCGGCAGAGGUGGCCAAUCAAGAACGGCGCUGCGGCAGCACCCGUGCCAGCGCCACCACCACCGCAGACCGCCGCCGCCGUCGACACCACCACCACGACUGAGGCACCGCAGCUGUCGUCGCAGCGCGGUCGGGCGACGCUGAAAGACGACCACCGAGAACUCUCUCUCUCUGUGACUGGGGCCGGAGGCGGGAGCGGGGUGGGGGCUACGGUGGCAGAAGCGGCACACACAGGGGGGCCGGCUGUUAUCGCGCCUGCCACUAGAGCGGCCGGACCCGAGACACGGUGUGCGUGUUUCUGCUCUCCCGCGGCGGGCCUGCUUUGUCUAUCUGUUGGCAAUCGAACCUAGUUUUCUUGACGCGGAACAAAGCUCCACCUCACUCGCCCUUUCUCGCCGGCUGCCUGUCUAGCCGGCUGGCCAAUGCGUACUUCACUGCUGGCUCUUUGGUUCUGGCCCUGUCCCAGCGUGUGGGGUCGCUGGCAUAGCAACCUGACGGUUCAUAACAAGACGACGAUAGGGAAUGGGACCAGUCCCUCUUCCAGGACAAAAAGACUCAUAUUACCCUGGAAGACACCUCCGCAUCGUAAUAUCCACUACCACAGAGGUACACCAUAGUCCGUGAAGAAUGUAAUUUACUUUGGUGGGAGACAAACAUGAGGUGACCUCUAACGACAGUAGCACACUGUGCAUUGAUCAUGUUUCAGCCUGUCCAUUUUACCAAAAGCCACCGUCUGGUUCACUCAUUUAGGGUUCUCGUUCGACAGGCAAGGCUAGAUGAACAAAACUUCUUCAUAUGCGGACUGAUGUAGCGUUGGAAUGUCCACCGAGCAGACGUUGUGAUGGCAUCAUUCAUGGAGAGUUUUAAAAAUGACCUUGACAGAUGUAUACCUGAAUAUUAGCCUGAGCCAUGAAAGAUUAGACUUCCUCCUGCAUAUUCAUGUGCAAAAUUGCAAGCAUUUCGUGUGGUUUUUUCUAAAAGGGUUUGUUAUGCUGCACCUACCUGUAGGUUUAAUAUUACAUACUGGCUGCUGAAAGGCUCAUGCGUAUUGCUACCUCAACUACCUGCCCAUAACUAAGAUUAAUUAAUCCACUCACUUUAUGGGACCACCGGUUAUCAUUUUAAUAUCACGCGAUGGAAGACGAGAGAAUGAGGUUGCAUUUGAUGACCACGGCAUCCAUGGUUCACAAGAAAAUUUCCCCGCCCACAGCACACCCUAUUCCCAUUUUCUACCUCCUUACACUCCUUCUUACUUCCGACAUUUUCGCACCUCCUACGGUUUUCCCUUAUCUAUCCCCCCAGUUUUUCUUCGUUCCUCCUCCUCCUCCUCCUCCUCCUCCUCCUCCUCCUAG